UGUUGUUGUUGUUGCGACAAGCGACACGAGUGACUUUUGCCUCAUCUUGGGAGGUCAGUACUUGGUGUUGUCCGCGAGUGUCAGUCGUCGUUCGCCUCUGAGCCGAAGAUGGAGGGCUACAAGUCUCCGUUGUCCACGCGUUACUGCUCCUCCGAGAUGCAGUUUCUGUUCAGCGAGCAGAACAAAUUCCGCACCUGGCGCACCCUGUGGAUCAACCUGGCCACCGCGCAGAAGGAAUUGGGUUUGGACAUCUCCGACGAGCAGUUGGACGAGAUGCGGCGAAACGUGGCGCAGAUCGACUUCACGCAUGCGCAGGAGGAGGAGCGACGCGUGCGCCACGACGUGAUGGCGCACGUGCACACGUUCGCCCGCUGCUGCCCUCUGGCGGCGCCGAUCAUCCACCUCGGCGCCACCUCCUGCUACGUCACCGACAACACGGACCUGUUGGUGAUCCGUUCGGCGCUGGAGCUGCUGUUGGUGCGCGUCGCCGGCUGCGUCCAGCGUUUGGCGCGCUUUGCGCAACAGCACCGCGACACGCCCACCCUCGGAUUCACGCACUUCCAGCCUGCGCAGAUGACGACGGUGGGGAAGAGGGCGUGUCUGUGGCUGCAGGACCUGCUGAUGGACGAGCGGGCGUUGCGUCGCGUCCACUCGGAGCUGCGUUUCCGCGGCGUCAAGGGCACCACCGGCACGCAAGCCUCCUUCCUCCAGCUGUUCGACGGUGACGGCGAGAAGGUGAAGCAGCUGGACAGGCGCGUGUGCCAACUGUCCGGCUUCGAACGCAGCUUCCUCGUGUGCGGACAGACGUACACGCGCAAGCAGGACACGGAGGUGGUCAACGCGCUCGCCUCGCUCGGCGCCUCCGUCCACAAGAUGUGCACGGACGUGCGGCUGUUGGCCAGCCUGAAGGAGGUGGAGGAGCCGUUCGAAAAGGACCAGAUCGGCUCGUCGGCCAUGGCGUACAAACGCAACCCGAUGCGCAGCGAGCGUUGCUGCGCGCUUUCCCGCCACCUGAUGGCGCUGCCUGCCAACACGCUGCACACGCACGCCACCCAGUGGCUCGAACGCACACUCGACGACAGCGCCAACAGGCGGCUGACGCUGUCGGAGGCGUUUUUGACCGCGGACGCCGUGCUGCUGACCCUGCUGAACGUGACGCAGGGUUUGGUGGUCUACCCGAAGGUCAUCGAGCGGCACAUCAGCCAGGAACUGCCCUUCAUGGCCACCGAGAACCUCAUCAUGGCCAUGGUGCGCAAGGGUGCCGACAGACAGGAGUGCCACGAGAAGAUCAGGGUGCUGUCGCACGAGGCGGCCGCCCAGGUGAAGGAGCACGGAAAGGACAACGACCUGGUGGCCAGGGUGGAGGCCGACGCCUACUUCGCGCCCAUCCUGCCGCACCUGCAGCAACUGCUCGACCCUGCCACCUUCGUCGGACGCGCUCCUCAGCAGGUGACCGAGUUCCUGCAGGAAGAAGUGCAGCCGGUGCUCGACCUUUACCAGGGCAAGCUGGACAACCUGAGCGCGGAGCUCUCAGUCUAAAAUGGGGAUCCAGAUUUUUAUCUUGAAGCUUUGGCAAAAUCUGAAUCUUAUAUUUCCUUUUUAAAAUGCAAGUGCACGUUUAUGUGCUUUGAAUAAAGGAGAAAAUCGGGGAUUUUUAGCUGUUUAAAUAA